AUGCGCCGCUUAUUGCCUCCUUUUUUCAAUAGCAGUCGUCAAAAGCAAGCAUCGUCGUUGAGUGACCUUCAUCACAAAUUUCUCAAAUGUUGACAGAAACCGAACUCUAAAAUACCAAAACAAUUCGUGCCCCUCCAACGUGCACCUUAAUGUCAGUUACGCUAGACUAGUUUUGCUUUCUUUUUAUGUCUUAUCACGAACACAAUUAAGUUGUAAAACAUGGGACCUCCAAGUCCCUUCAAAUCCACGACAGCUGUAUUCUCUCUGGAUGAGGAAAAUAACUACAGUAGUCUUAAUACGAUUUCACUCAACAGAUCUUCGUUUGUCUCUGGGCCGAUGUGCCAGUGUCUCCUUUCGUUGUUAACACUAGCUAUCAUGGCUUGCUUUGUAUUUCUGUUUCGUGAUUCCAUCUAUCAUGUUCUGUUGUGGAUAGAAAAACAGGACACCUGGGUUACGUGCAUUAUGUUUACUGCUCUGUUCACAAUUGUGUCACUCCCGUUGACGUGGGGUUAUAUUUUGCUCAAUCUUGCAUGUGGGUAUUUAUUUGGUAUGAUGGCCGGUAUCUUGGUUGUUAGUACCACUGCAGCUGUUGGUGUAUUUUUUGCUCAUGUUAUUGUGAAGCAGCUCUGCCUUGGAUUCAUCACUACAAAGCUUCUCAACUCCCACAGCCUCCGUGCAUUUGUCAAUGUCAUCUCUGGACCUCAAGCAUUUAAAGUUGUUGCUUUUGCAAGACUGACCCCCAUUCCAUUUGGGCUUCAAAAUGCCAUCUUUGCCGGGAGUUCAAUUGGUGUUGGACGAUACAUGUUGGCAACAGCCAUGGGAUUGUUGCCUACUCAAGUAAUCAACGUUUAUUUGGGUAGUACAUUGAGAUCUAUGCGAGAUGUCCUGACUGACGAUAAUACUGCAACUACAGGGUACAUCGUAUUCUGCAUACAGGUGGCUAUCAGCAUUGGAUUGAUGACCUAUGUGGUUAGGAGGGCCAGACAGGAACUGCAAAAAAUAGUUCUGUUAACCACCAACACACUACAUAAAGUGGAGCUGGGUUUACCCGAACACGAAACAUUCAGCAACAAGUGUUGACUAUUGAAGCACAAGCUUAUUAUAAAGAAAAACUGUAUGCACUUCAAUGUAUCCGAUAUUCACUCCUUAUGAUCAUUAGUUGAGGCGCAUAACUUUUAUUUCCCUGUGUUCAUCACAAUGUAUUUUAGCAAUAAUUCCUGCUACCCAGUUUCCCCUGGUUGAGCUGGCUCUCAAUUCACAUUUCGCGCGUCUCGACUGCUUUUUACUGUUGCGCGAAAUAUUUAUUGUAUUUUUGUUAACUGACAAAUUGACAAUCAAGCUCUUCCCUUGCAGUGCCUACAAUUAACAAAGUAUUUAACUAAACUUGCAGUAUGUUCACCUUGCCUCAAAUUUACCCCUCAAGAUAACACAAAUAUGGCAGCAUUUGAUCAUUUCCAUUCAGAUGAACUAGUCUAUGUUAGGCAUCUGUUCCAAUGUAUUUUUGCGCACGCAAAUUAUAUGGCUGCUAAUAGGCGAGACAACUCGGGAAAGAAAAACAAUGAUAUUCUACCAAGUUAUUUAAUAUGGAUCCCUUUAGAGUAACUGUAACUCGUGUUAAAUGUCCCUCGGCAAAUACACAAAAUUAAUAUUUA